GCAUGGCCGCUCCCCCAACCCAAGCUUUGUUCCAAGUUUCAUUGAUCUGCUGAGUUAGUUGCUUGACGUAUCUAGUGGAGAACACAAGGCUUGGUGAUAUCGUUUUGGUUGUUUAGAAUUAUCCAGCCAUGGCUGAAUAUUUGGCUUCGAUUUUUGGAACAGAGAAGGACAAGGUAAAUUGUUCUUUUUACUUCAAAAUUGGUGCUUGCCGGCACGGAGAUCGAUGCUCUCGUAUUCACAACAAACCCACUUUCAGUCAGACCAUCUGUCUUCAGAAUUUUUAUGUAAAUCCUCAAAAUGCCACAAAGACCGCUGAUGGAACUGCAGUUCCUGGUAUUGUUACCAUGAGUGAUGAAGAAGCCCAAGAACAUUUUGAUAACUUCUUUGAAGAUGUAUUUGCAGAAUGUGAAGACAAGUAUGGAGAAAUUGAGGAGAUGAAUGUUUGUGACAAUCUUGGAGAUCAUCUUGUUGGAAAUGUAUACAUUAAGUUUCGUAGAGAGGAAGAUGCUGAGAAGGCUGUUAAUGACUUGAAUAACAGAUGGUUUGCUGGAAGGCCAGUCUAUGCUGAAUUAAGCCCUGUAACAGAUUUCCGCGAAGCUUGCUGCCGUCAAUACGAACUGGGAAUGAAGCACAAGAUGGAAGCUCUAGAAGGUGCUCGGGGUGGGAAUAGAGGACGACCCCGUGUGCCCUUCAGCAGUGCUGACCAAAGCGAGUGUACGCGAAGUGGAUUUUGCAAUUUCAUGCAUCUGAAACCAAUUUCGCGCGAACUAAGACGUGAACUUUAUGGACGUAAACGUAAAGGAAGGAGCUCCAGCCGAGAUAGAGGUGGUUCCGGUGGACCUGGAUCUGGUGGUGGUGGUGGUCCUCGACCUCGUGACCGUCGCCGAUCUCGUUCCCGUGACCGUAGCGACCGUCGAGAUCGUUCUGGACGCUAUUAACAAUUGUUUUUUCUAUUUCAAUCUUAAGCGUAUUGUAAUGCCAUGAUGAAAAUACAACUACUUCACACUUUCAAA